UCACUGCCUGCCUGCGCAAGUUCGCCUCUUGGUUUUUUUUUCUAGCCUUCCAUAAGCUCUCUUUAUUUGCAGCCUUUUGUCUCUUGGUCGUUUCUCCAGUGUCUUUCUUUGGCUGCAUUCGAUUUAUCUACCAAUUGACAUUGGUGCGUGAGUUAUUAGUAGCAGGAUUUGCUUGAUAUUGCUGCUAGCAUCGCAGAUUCUUGAUCAAACUAUUGCUUGUUAUAUGCGUCAUGUCUGCGCAGUAUUAUCCUCCGCCCCCUGGAGCUUCGGGAUCUCCAGCUCCCUCUCAGGCUACAGCACCGCAUAACUAUCCUCCACCCCCUUCAUCUCCGCCAGCCGCUCAAACCAAAUUUUCGUACCCGUCACCACCAGCCCAACAAGCUCAGAAGAGCUACCCUGCGCCGCCUAUGCAGUCGCAGCAGGAGUUUGCACCACCGUCAAGGUCGCAGACGCAAAACUACCCUCCCCCUCCGGGUGCCCCUCAGAACUUCUCGCCGCCGCCCUCAUCUCAAAAACAAUACUUCCCCCCUCCUGGAGCUUCUCAGCAACAACAGUAUCCUUCGCCUCCGCAACACCAAUACCAGACCCCCCAACACCAGCAGUAUGGCGCCUCACCUACGCCACCGCCUCCACAGGCCUCGCCCCCUAUAUCUUAUCCCUCGCCUCAGCACCAGAUGCAGCCUCAGACUGGAUCCCAGACGACACUAGCCAUGCAUGGCCGAACACCAUCGAUGGCUUCGCACAACUCGGGUCUUGGUCUCGCUGGCAUCAGCAGCUCAACACCCCCGCAACACCAGCAACAACAAUUUGCCGCUCCUCCGUCCUACGCAGGGUCCGCUCCAGGCGCGAGUCCUACGGAGGGGUAUCCGGUCGAAAAGACCAGCAUCCCGGUAGCCGAGGGAUCACCGAUCGACACAAGCGACCCUGCGAACCUUGAAAGUGGUGCUCCGCCCGCAACUCACUUUGUCGGAGCCACAGCGACUGUUGACGAUGUCGGCACUUUCAAUGGUGGCAGUUACCGGAUCAGUCACCGCGACAGUAACACAAUCCUCACCAUACAGCUCGCCAUGGGAUGUCCCCUUGGCGCCAAGCCAGGCGCCAUGAUUGCUAUGUCACACACCAUUACCCUCCGCGGAAGGAUCAAGUUCAGCAUGAAGAAGCUAGUGGCUGGUGGUGAGAUGGCCGACUCGACCUUCACGGGGCCAGGAGAGCUCUUGCUAGCGCCCGCUAUGCUAGGAGACAUCACCAGUCUGAGACUGACUGGCAGCGAGUCCUGGUCUGUUGGCCAUGACGGCUACCUUGCUUCAACUCAGGGAGUAGUCAAGGAAUACAAGCGACAGGGCCUUGGUAAAGCCAUGUUCAGUGGCGAAGGUCUAUGGAUAUACAAGAUCAGUGGAAAGGGUUUGCUUUGGUUGACAAGCUUUGGAGCCAUCAUCCGUAAGGACUUGGCGGAUGGCGAGAGAUACGUAGUGGACAACGGGCAUUUAGUUGCGUGGAACACCAAAUAUAUCCUGGAGCGUGUGGCCUCAGGAGGUAUAGUGUCUGGUGUUGCCUCUGGGGAAGGAUUGGUUUGUAGAUUUACCGGACCUGGCACGGUAUUCCUGCAGACGAGGAACGCGAAAGCAUUCAGCGCUUAUAUGGGCGGACAGACGAACACUUCUUUCUGAUAUAAGUCGUCGAUGUUGUUCUCAUUUACCGUGUCGAGUGUUGUUGACAAUGCAUGUUAUGAUGGCCGUUUCUUUUUAUUUUUUUAUUUUUAUUUUUAUUUUUAUUUUUUUAGCUAUUAUAAAGGGCUAGCUUCUUCAUACCGCCUGUAUGAGGUUGUUACAAAGGCGAAUCAGCAAUUUCAAAUAUUGAGCGUUCAUUUUGGCAACAUGUGUAUCUUCGUUGGGCCCUGUACAUGAUGAUCGCUGUCGAAUUGCCUGUCUCUAUACAAAAGCUGUAAAGGUUCCUUGUCUAUAAAGGGCUUACUCGAUAACGAUGAAUGCGUUUGGUUGAUCCAAACCGUAGUGGGGUGCUUUCAGGGGUUCUAGCGAUGGCACUGAGGAUUGAACAUAUUUUUACGAAUAUACGUGUAGCUGUUCCCGCG